AUGCUUGGAAAAUUAUGGUUGCUCCUAGUGGUGCAUAUAUCUCUGCCUAAUGUCUUAUGCUCGGCCCUUCAGGAGUUAAGAAUUACGCUGGCCGAUGAUUCUGCUCCAACUCUGCCGAUCUCUCCUACGGCCUCAGUCUCAGAGCGUCGGUCUGGCCGAGAGUCACGUCAGACGCGCACCAAGCGAAGUAUUGCCGGGUCCGAGUCGGUCUCCUUACUCCGCAAGAUCCAGGGCUCAACCCGGAUCGCACUCAAUGUCGAGCCGCAGAGCGAAAAAUACGUGAAUGCUAAGAUCUUAUACUCCUACGCUCCGGACGACAACUUGGUCGAAAAUUCCUUUGAUGACACGGCUCACAUCGUGCUCAAAGUUCUGGAUCAAGUGGCCAGUCAUAGGCGAGUGAUUUUUCUGAUGCUAACCUCUUCUGGUCAAUUUAUGCUGUUCGUUGUUGACAGUUGGGAGUGGGGCACCCAAUCUCAAGUGCUGCUAGAGAUGCAAUACCAAGACUUAAGCGUGUAUGCGACCGGAAGGAAGCUGCCGUUAUCACAGGAGGACGGGCCGAUCGAGAUGCCCCAGUCGAUGUUGGAUUUAAUUGACCCGAUUCUGGCGCGACGGGAUCCGAACACGCUUCCGCUUGUCGAGGGUGACGGCUCGGCGGGCGAUCCGGCCAGUCUGGGGAUCGCCGUCCUCGUCGCCUCCGCAGCCACUUCCAAUGACUCAGAUCGCUCACAGAAAUACAUGAAAUUGGCUAAGGACCAGUUAGAUUGGUCGCUCAACCAUGUCCCGCGAUCUCCCGAGGGAGCCAUAUCACAGCGAAACAAUGAAGUCCAAUUCUGGGCGGAUUUCAUGUAUAUGCUCCCGCCGUUUUUGGCUUAUUAUGGCGCCGCGACGUCUAAUAUCACCCUGCUCCAGACUGCCUAUGAUCAAGUAAGAUUGUAUAGACAAAAACUGCAAACUUCUUCUGACACAAAACUCUGGAGUCACAUCAUCGGAGGCUCAUAUGAGGAUCGUCUAUAUUGGUCCACAGGCAAUGGCUGGGCGGCAGCUGGGAUGAUGCGAGUCUAUGCAACCUUCAACAACCUGAGAGAUGCUGGGCUGUAUGCGAAGACGGAGGCGUGGAGGAAUGAUCUGGCCGAAUGGGUGCUCGAGAUCGCCAACGACGCGUUCACGCAUCAGCAGCUGGAUACCAAGCUGCUCCCGAAUUACAUGCUGACGGACGAUACGAAGCGCAACUACCCAGAUUGUUCGGGUACCGCAUUGAUCGCAUCGGCGGCCUACAGACUAGCCUCGUUGGUGCCCUCAUACGUGCCCCGACUACCCAUGAGCACGAUCGCUAAGUCGCGUAUCGCCAUCUUCAGCAAAUACACUAAUAUCACCACCGGCGCGGUCGGCCCGGUUGUCGACCCAAUGGAUUGGAACGCCGAAAAAGCUUUCAGUGGUGCCAAGGCUGAGGUCGGUCACGUCAGUCCGGAAGGCCAAGCUUUAGUCCUCCUCCUCCACGCCGCAUGGAACUCUUAUAGUUCAGCUCAUUCUUCUACUGAAAUCUAA